AUGUUCGCUGGCAAAACGCGCGAGAGUCGGCGCGAACGCACCUUCAUCGGAAGUGAAUGUGCCGCUUGCGAGGAACCUCUGGAGCACACACUACGCGGCGAGCGAAUCCUACAACUCUCAUGUGGUCAUGUUUCACAUGAGGCCUGCUUCUACGAGUAUAUUAAGGAGUUCGAGGCGCAGACCUGCCCAUGCUGUAGUGCACCCUUGGGUCUGGAUACAAGCAGAGGUGGUGGCAUUGACUUCGAGAACUUGAACAGGCUUGUUCGAUCAGUACAGACUCCUGACCUGUCCAGCCGAUUUCGAGAAACGCAGAAUACAGUCGCGCCGUCUCCAUGGGACAAAGAUAACGAUACCAUCCGACAGAAUGUGCAAGCCCGACAGCGCCAAGAUGCACGAUCAACCCGAGAUCAUCUCCUCCCCGAACAAACUGUGCGUAACUCGGGAGAUCGCUAUCAUGGCGUUCACGGAAGGAAUGAAAGUGGCGAUACUGGCCUCGCGUCGACUACCGAAUAUGCCGAGAACCAUCAUAUCAAUGGCAGGCGGCAUGACUACGAUGUCCAAUCGAUGGAGACUACCCUUAGCGCACCACGACAUGCAGCAAGGAACCCAAUACCAGCACCCAUUGUGACAGUCCGGAGCGAGUUCCCAACGCUGAGCAAGUCGCGACAACAGCAGAGCUUGACAUGUCUAAUCACGGUGGAAGUUGUCGACGGUAAAUGGCAAGCCAACCCAGAAGACUUACGCAGCCCGCCAGCGACGAAUGCAAGUGCCACGGAGCAUGCAUACUUACAGCGUAAGGCGGCUCCAGCCUCGAGGCCCAUUGCGCAAAGCCAUGCCAUCGACAGUGUGCACGAAGAUCUGCAGGCCAUGGAAGAAGUCAAGGAAGACUUGUACAAACGUGUCGAUAACUGGCACGGCCUCGACUUUGCGCGCUUUGGUCGACUUCUCCUGCAUGGCAAUGUCCGCGUUGGCAAAGAUAAACAGGCAUGGCAGGAGCUAGAAUGCUAUCUUUUCACGGAGAUGCUCAUCUGCGUCAAGGAGAAGAAGAUUGGAUCGAACGCGAGCCAGCAAUGGAACGGUGCGGACGGUCCAAAGCAAAAGCCCCGAUGCACGCUCAAGGGCUCGAUCCUGAUCAAGAAGCACUUAAAGCAGGUUGAGUUGUUACCAGAUCUGGACGUUCUAACGCUGAGCUUGUCUGUUGCUGAACUACCACAUUUCCAUCUGCGAUUCCACGAACGCAGCCAGCUGGAUACCUGGCGCCAUGCCCUCGUCAACAUUAAUCGCACAGAAGCGCCGGAGCCGCAAAAUGCCGAAGUCGACCACGACACUUCUGGCACUGAUGACGAUGAGUACACGACGCAGACAUCCAGGACAACCAAGCGAGUGUCAUCCGUGAAUUCUUCGUCAUAUGGCGCCAACCGCUCACAAGUCACUGCUCCUACGGAAUAUACCAAUUCCCGAGCGGGCGCACAGGACGUCCGAAUAAGUGCGACGUCGAUCCAUGUGCCUCUUGACAUCGUGGUAGUCAUUCCAGUAUCCUCCUCGAUGCAGGGCUUGAAGAUCAAUCUACUGAGAGAUGCACUGCGCUUCCUCGUAUCAGGUCUUGGAGAGCGCGACCGCAUGGGACUGGUUACGUUCGGUUCUGGAGGCGGCGGUGUACCUCUGGUCGGUAUGACCACAAAAGCUUGGUCUGGAUGGUCAAAGGUGGUCGAGUCAAUUCGCCCGCUUGGACAGAAGAGCAUGCGCGCUGAUGUGGUCGAGGGUGCAAACGUGGCCAUGGAUCUGCUAAUGCAGCGCAAAACGUCCAAUCCACUGUCCAGCAUUUUGUUGAUCAGCGACUCGGCCACCUCUGACCAUGAAAGCGUCGACUUUGUCGUGUCUCGCGCUGAAGCUGCGAAAAUCGCAAUCCACUCAUUCGGCUUAGGAUUGACACACAAGCCCGACACCAUGGUCGAGUUGUCUACCAGGACCAAGGCCAGCUAUACAUACGUCAAGGACUGGAUGAUGCUUCGGGAGUGCUUGGCUGGAUGUCUCGGCGCACUUCAGAGCACAUCGCAUCAAAAUGUCAAGCUGAAGCUGCGACUUCCUGAGGGCUCGCCAGCAAAAUUUGUCAAGAUCAGCGGAGCACUGCAAGUGACAAAGCGCGCGACCGGACGUGACGCAGAGGCGAUGCUCGGAGACCUACGCUUUGGUGACAAGCGUGAUAUUCUGGUACAACUAGCCAUUGCACCCGACACCUCGAGCCCAGACUCGCUACCAUCUGACCCGUGGGAGAAUGUCAUAGCUGGCCUCGAAGCACUGGGCGGACCAAUCGAGUCAGAUGAUUCCCGCAACUUGUCAGUGGAAGAACUUCCUCUUGUGCAGGCAGAUCUCAGCUGGGGAGACAUCUUGCGUGAGGGCAAUCUGGCGCAACUGCCAAGACCCUCAUUACUUGCAAUCACGAUGCUGCCAUCCUCUGCCAAGAAGCAUCCACACGCACGACCAGCGACACCUCCGAUUCCACCGCAUCCAUCUAUUGUCCAGCGGCGCAUGGAACUGUUAACAUCAGACAUGCUCUCGCGUGCGCUCACACUAGCCAGUAGAAAUCAACCCGAGCGAGCACAACAUCUCCUCGCCGAGACUCGGUCUAUACUCAAAGGUCUUGGCAAAGGUGGACUGCCACCACUCCCGCCCCCGCCGAGCGCCACUCUUCCGCCUACGCCACGGACUGGUGACUUGCGAGGAUCGCCCACCGAGGCUUCCCAGAUGCCACUACCGGAUCACAGGCGCACACCGUCGCCACCGCGAAGCGAGACCAUGAAUCCAUUUACACCAGCAGCAGGCAUUGAUACAUCGACCAUGGCAGCUCUCGACUCUGAGCUUGAGUCAAGUCUGGAGUGGAUUUCACACCCUGCAGUCUUUGCACGUGACGCUCGCAAAUCUGUCCUUCAAGCCAUCGGCGUCAUCAGCUCUCAACGCGGCUAUACCUACCGCACGACGUCUGAGUCAAUGUGGGCAGCUCGCAUUCCUGGCAUCAAGCGACUGGCGGAGUGCAGCCGGGACUGGCGCGAGACUAGCGACGAGUCGCUGAUGGAAGAAGCAUGA